CCUCACUCCUUGCCUUCUCCGCUUCCUCCCUUUCUUUCUCUGCCUCGCAUUUCGCUGCCUCAGCCUCCUCUCUCUUCUGCUCAGCCUCACUCCUUGCCUUCUCCGCUUCCUCCCUCUCUUUCUCCGCCUCGCAUUUCGCUGCCUCAGCCUCCUCUCUCUUCUGCUCAGCCUCACUCCUUGCCUUCUCCGCUUCCUCCCUCUCUUUCUCCGCCUC